ACGUGACGUGGCGUUGCUAGGAGACGAUCCCGCGACGCCGCGAUGGCGGCGGGCUCCGUGUACCCGGACCCCGCGGGACUGGACCCCGCUGUCGUGGACCCCGUGUGGCUGUGGCGAUGCAAGCGGCGCGUCCAGGACACGAAGGAGUGGACGGCCUUCGCGGAGCAGCUGUCCCGCGGCGUGCAGUUGCAGCUGUCCGAGGGCCGCGUUGCGUCGCUGGGAGAUCUCUCGGAGGCCGAGAAGUCGCUGCUCGUCGAGCGGGCGAUGUCGUCGCUCCAGGGAGGAGACGUGUACAAGUCCGUUGUGGCCAAAGUGGCCUCCAGCUUGGACGAGCAGUUGGUGCAGCAGGUGGCCGUGGAGGUGGCUGACGAUCGCGUGCGUCCCAGGAGCAGGGUCCAGGUGGUGCAGGAACUUCUCAAGAGUGGACUGGUCAGCAUUCUCCACAAAUGGCCAGAGUUGAGAUCCAAGCUCGGCGUGCUGUUUAACCACCCCCUGCCGUCUGGGAUUCGAGAGCCAGUGUGGCACCUGUACCUCGCCAACGCUCGCGAGAGGACCGACUUCCUCGCACGGUUCACCGGCGACCCAGCGAGCGUGCAGUCGACGCAGGAUGCGGAGAUUUUCCUGCGCUGCGAGUCUCUCCUCUUCUCGGAGCCCACGUUCCGGCAGCUGGCAUCCAGCAAAGCCACCGCGAGGACGAUGCGCAGCGUGCUGUCGUACUACCACACGCGCAAGCGCCCGCCUGGUGUGCUCCUCGACUCCGAGUAUCUGCUGGUGGUGCCGCUGGUGAGGGUGCGGUUAGGCAGGGGAGCUCGCGUGGAGCCACAGAUGUCCGUCAUGGCUCACCUGAUGGAGGAGUUCCUCACUUUCAUGGAGUCCCGGCCGGCAUACAUGACCUCGUCCUGGACUAAGGGCACGGAGCACGGAGAGGCCGAACCGAUGCUGCAGCAGAUUGCGUCCACGCUGGUGAACAUCGACAAGGACCUGGCCGUGGCUGUGCAGAAGGCGUUCGGACAGGCAGGAGAAAUUCCAAAGGAAGCUGUGAUGAUUGGCCUGGUGGCGUUGCUGCAACCCGUGGUUAGGGUCCUAUUUGUGGGCUUCCUGCAGCUGGAGGUGCUGCUCUAUGUGUGGGACCAGUACAUCCUGGGCCUAGAGCAGCCAGCCUACGACUGCCUACCGGCCUUUUGCCUGUGCCUCCUGCUGCUGCUACGCGACCAGCUGUUGACUUGCGACAACCCCAGCCGCAUGAUGGACACGCUGCGUACUAACGGUCCCAGCCUCACCGUCCACGACUUCCAGGUCACCAUCGUCAAGCACUUCUACGACCAGCUGUCUCGAGACCUCAACAAGUGGAACGUCGAUGAGCUGCUGGAGCUCGACCCCGCAUACUCCAUGGACGUCCCUUCGCUGUGGAUGCGGCUGGCUGCCGUGGAGCCCUUGACGGAGCAAGCAGACGCAACGCACAAGGCCAGGCAUCCGCUUGGAGCCGAGCGAGUUGAGUGGCAGGCGGAGCGGUUGCCCGGUGACUGGAGGAGAGGCGACCUCAGGGACCGCAACAGGAGAUCAGGGUUAAGGCAUGAGGACGGGAGGGUGCAGAGGCUGAUGGAGGACAGUCAGAGGAUGGAGUGGGAGCAGAGGCAGAGCCUGGAGGAGCAGCUGGCACAGGAGCGAUAUGCUCGCUACAAGAUGCUACGGGAGGCCGAGGAGCAGAUGGGACGUCUUCGUGGGGAGAUGGAGCGGCUGCAGCGCCGGCAGCCUCUGAGCGGCUACUACCCCGACAGGUCUCUCCCGCCGUCGCUGCCCCCGUGGGGGAGCGCGGGACCGGACCACUUCCCACGCGUGGCCAACGGCUGGAGCGGGAGUGACAGGACGGCGUUGCCCCGGCUGCCCCAGAACUCCCACGGCACGGCCACCCAGUGGCACACGGCAACAGACAGGAGGCUGGACACGCCGGCAGAGGGAGACCCCGAGAGCCAGCCCGGGGCAGCCACAAGGACCCGGCACGGGCAUGACAAGCGAGGCAACCGCACCGGCACAGCAUAGUGAGAGCGCAACACGGUGCUUAGCCACCUCUUUAACCACAAAGCUAACCACGGUUCGAAACACGAUUCGCAUCACAGCACACCGGGUCCAUUUGGAGCCUCCUUAUCCCUUCGCUAGGGGUUCUUGGCUUUGAUUUGUAACAAGUCAUCAUGUUUAAAAUUGUUAACAACUUUACUUAGCUUUAGCACUUAAAUCGGCCCACAGCCUGAGAGCAGGGAGGGGUUUGGAUAGUUUCAUGACUUGCGCCGAGUGGGGAAUCUGUUAAAGCACUCGGCGCUGUCUGCCCUGCCUGCAUUCUCAGCGGGAGUCUCGAUAACUUCCUGUUUUGAGUUUGGGUUAGAAGUGGGCGGAGGUCUCUACGCACGCCGGACACCACGCUGACCGGGGUAAUGCCCGGACGCCUCGCUCUGCUUUAACGACCUUGCGGCCCUUACUCAACCGGACACACCUUGCAAGGGACACGUGCGGGUUUCAUCUGCUUCAUUUUGCUUACAUUGUCAGGUUUACGUGCAAGCGUGGUGUGUUCCAGACACACAUUUUCACGCAUCACACGGCAACGUCAGCAGCGCUGCGCGUGGGAUUAAAGCAUGGGAUUGUGUGCGUGCAGGCUGGAAACAAAUAC